CUUAGCGUCUCCCUGCCUCCCUCCCCGCUUCGGAGCAGCCAGUGCCGCCUAUCGCGCUCGCGUACUGGCGCUCUCAGAGGUGGAUCCGGAGCACUACGGCCAAGUCGCGAAGGAGCCAAGCUGAAUAAAGCUUCAUUAAAAAAGGAAAAUAAAAACAUGACAUUUUCAGUGAUCGGGCAGAAGCACACGACCGUCUGACCAAUUCUGACAGAUUCUGCACUUUAGCCGCUACUUUCUGUUACCGGCCCGGCUCCUCCCAGCCCCCGGGGAUUUUGCAGGACCAUGAUGCUCAGCAGCUCAGUGGAUGUGCCCGGUCCGGGGGGCAUGGCAGCGGCGGUGGAGGCGGCGGGACGCAAUGUCAUACGCAGCUCCAGCAUCAGCGGCGCCAUGUACAGCCUGGAGAAGAGCCCCAGCGGGGGUAGUCCCGAGGCCCCCGGCUUGGGGGGCAACAAGAAGCGACGCUCCAGCCUAGGCGCCAAGAUGGUGGCCAUCGUGGGACUGUCACAGUGGAGCAAGAGCUCGCUGCAGCUCAACCAGCAAGACGGUGGGACAAAGAAGCUCCGUAGUACGAUCCGACGGAGCACGGAGACAGGCAUUGCCGUGGAGAUGCGGAACCGUGUCACGAGGCAGGGAAGCCGCGAUUCUACGGAUGGCAGCACCAACAGUAACAGUUCUGAUGGAACGUUCAUUUUCCCUACCACACGCUUAGGGGUGGAGAGUCAGUUCAGCGACUUCCUGGAUGGGCUAGGCCCCGCCCAGAUAGUGGGCCGGCAGACAUUAGCCACACCUCCUAUGGGAGAUGUUCACGUGGGAAUGGUGGACAGGGGUGGCCAGCUGGAGGUAGAGGUCAUCCAGGCUCGUGGAUUAACCCCAAAACCAGGGUCAAAGUGCAUCCCAGCUUCAUACGUGAAGGUGUAUGUGCUGGAAAACGGCACCUGUCUGGCCAAGAAGAAAACCAAGGUGGUGAAGAAGUCCUUGGACCCGGUGUACCAGCAGGCGCUGCUCUUCGACGAGAGCCCGCAGGGCCGGGUCCUGCAGGUGAUCGUCUGGGGUGACUAUGGCCGCAUGGACCACAAGUGCUUCAUGGGCAUGGCGCAGAUCCUGCUAGAUGAGCUGGACCUCUCCUCCAUGGUCAGCGGCUGGUACAAGCUCUUCCCCACCUCCUCGCUGGCGGAGCCCAGCAUCGCCCCGCUGCUCCGCCGCCUGUCCCAAUCUUCCCUGGAAAGCGCCACCAGCCCCUCGUGUACCUAGCUGCCGGCCCGGCCGGCUGGCCCCGGGACCGAUGUAUCCGUGCAGACCUGAACGCACACGCACACACAGAGAAAUAUACACUCACAUGCACACACACACAAUCUGCGCAUGCACACACACACACACACACACACACACACGCACUCAUACACACACACGCACACAAAAACAUACAUACACAUGCACACACACACAAUCUGCGCAUGCGGCGCACACACACAUAGACAUCCUUACGCACGUAUGCACAGGAGACGCUCCUCAAUGUAGACGCACAUUCUUACCAUCUCUCUCUCCUACUGAAAGACCUCAUAGAGGGAUCAUUAAUGCAUACACCCAUACACACAAACAAAGGCAUGUAGGUACGAUGCUGACUGUCUAAGCACACAGCUGACUCUCGUUCUCAUAUACUCUGGGCCAUGAGAGCAGGGCAUUGUGGGUAAGGGUGGAGGAGAGAGAUGGUUCUGUCUUAUCAGUUUGCCUGGUACUCAGGUGCAACCACAUACAGACAACCCCCUCCCCCCCCACCCCCCACUGCUCCCCCCAUAACCAAAGGAUGACAUGAUACCUUCCGGAAGGCAGAUCUCUCUGACGUUAAACAUCCAGAUCUACUGGACCGUUCCUGGAUGAGAAGAGAAACACUGAACACCGAAGCAAUGCCACUCCUUUUUGGAAGGCGAAAUAGACAGAAGAUGUAGCAUCCACACCAAUGUUCCAGCAUUCCUCCCUCACCAUCGACGCUGACUUCCUGUGCAUUUUAUAGUGACGUCGCUUUCAGGAGCAAAACCUCAUUUCCACACUAAUUUCUGACGGCCCUUCGCCUGGGUCUCUCCAAUGCCUGCUGAAUGUUCUCUAUGCCAAACCCAUUAGAUAGAUUUUAUUUUAUAAAACCAAAGCAAUUACUAUGGCCGUUUCAUUACGCAUCAGAUAUAGAAGUACGGAUAUGUAGCAGAGUCAAAGACUUCAAUGAAAUGCAAAAAAAAGAAGAAAAAAAAACAGCUUAACAGGAAUUCAUAAUAAUCCAAGUUGCAAACGGGCACGGCACAAUCAGCCAAAGAGUGCAGUCGCCCACCACGUUCCAAAAGGCAUGUAACUGCGGUUACAUGAGGUAGCGCAAAAACAUAUAAUUUGAGAGCAGUGCUUAUAUAUAUAUAUAUAAAUAUAUAGAUAGGUAUAUCGGUAUCCUUGUGUUCAUGUUUGUAUAUACAGCAUUCUGCACGUUUAAUUGCAACCUUUAUUCAAAGUGCUAUUUUUAGCUUGCCUUUAUAGAAAAAAGAUAGAUUCUACUGUAUUUAUUUUGCUAAUGUUAAAUAUUAUUAAUCUUGUUCAAAGACCGCCUUCUGCACUGAAUCAGGACCAGAGAGGAUGCGAAACGGCCUUAUGGUCCUGAGACUGAGAGCUCGGACAUAAGACCAACGUUGGCAACAUCAGUGGGAGAACAAAAAAACUGAGCAGAUCUACCAGCAUCCACUGCAGCUAUCCGCUGCCAAAACCCUAGGCGCUGUUGGAAGCCGAGGGGGCGGGGCAGGGGGUCUCCGGCAAAGCACUCUGGGAAAUGUAGUUGUGACCAAGAUGAGAGCUGAUAGUUCCAGGUGAUGGAACAUCUUACUCCUUGGACACUAAACUGCCAGGAACCUGGUUGCCCUGUCCUCUCCCCUGUGGUCACCACCAGUCUGUCUUGCUGUAAACCUUUUUCUCUCUCUCUCUCCACCCCCGGACUUGGCGGAGCUCCAUCUACAAAGAUCAGCAGGAUAAGGCUUCCUGGUGUCCUGCAUCUCAUUGCCGCAACUUUCUUCCAGAGACUAUAUUCCUGAUGGCCUGAAUGGACACAGAGCCUGACCACGCCCACUUCUGUGUCACGCUCUGGGUAGAUGCCAUUGCUUCCCGUAAGCAAAGCAGGGCAACUACAGCUAAACACCGAUAAAACGCUCCAGGGAUCAGUGGCCCGCCAAACAUAUCAGACACUCCGUCUCUGUCCUGCGUCCUGUCCUAUGUGCUGUAAACAAGUGGCUGUUUCUUCACUAUGAAUCAGAAAGGGAAAAAAAAGGUGUGAGUUGGGGUGUCGUGAAAAACAAUACAGGGAGGCUUUUUUUCACUUUUUUUUUUUUUUUAAACCAUACUUUUGCGAUAGUCUGACUGAAAGUGGAUUCUAAACCUGAACAGGACGGCUUAGGGGUUUCCCUCAGCCGAAUGAAAACUUGAAUAGUUUGAGAAAUGUUAAUUUGGCCCCUGCGUGGCUCGUAGGUUUUAGAAGGAGAUGGCCAUUUGUUCUCUGCCAUUGAUCCUGCGAGUGAAAAUACGAAUGUGCAUCGGUACGAAUACGAAUGUCCACAGGGUUUGUUAGUCCGUUACCCCUUCUGUCUGUGGGAUCCGUAUGACAGGCAUGUCAUUACAUUCUGGAGCAGAAUUCCACAUCACUUUGCUCUGUAUGGCUUGGACCUGGACAGAGAGCUAGCAGUGCAGGGGACCCUGAUCAACUGAUAGGAAAUUUGUCUCAUGCCGUUUUGAGAAGCUUCUGAAGGCUGUGCUUACCUCUGCCCCGUUUCGUCACAGUGCUGUCCUGAUGCGAAUGUUUGAAUUCAUAAUCGGUUUAGAAGAAUUAUCAUUUUUAAUACAGCAUAAUGGGGGCGGAAUGGUGGUGCAGUGAUUAGCACUGUUGCCUCACACCUCUGGGACCUGGGUUCGAGUGUCCGCCUGGGUUACAUGUGUGUGGAAUUUACAU